GCAAUGCAGCACCGACAGAGGUAGGAGGGAACACCGUGAACUUCGUCUUGGUAGCCAAGUUACAGAUCAAAACAACCUUCAUUGCAUCGAGCUUGGUACGUCUUGGCCAAUGGUAAGUUCAAACUUUAUUUUCCAUAUUUGAUUGGAAUCUUUUCAACAAGAAAAUUUUAAUUCAGAAGCUAAAGAUGUGAUAUCCUUAACCGUGUCCUUGUUGAAUUUUUUAGUCGUUUGUUGGCGCCUGAUUACAGGAUCAAAAGAUUUUUUAUUGUCGUUUUCUCCUUUUUAAUGCAUUUGUAAAGUUGAAACACCGAGAGACCUCUUUAUCUGUUUCCAAAUUCUUUACUCUCUACUAGUUUAUAGGGCGAAAUUUCAUUUAUUUAUACAAAGCAUUCUAUGCGCCUACAAAACACCAAUUUGUCCUAACGACCUUUGUAUUAAAUGAAAGGUAAUUAGAUUUUUUUACACUUUGGGUUACAGAGUUACUUAACUGAUAUAAAACUCGAUCAUGUUUGCAUAGCCUUACAGAAGCGAGAGGUUUUUGGGAGGAUUCAAGACAGUUAUGCAAUUACCCAAUGUGAAGUCAGGGGCUUGCAUAACUUUUGAGAUUUUUUUUAAAAUUCUUCCAGCCCCUUGAGUGUUUAUGUCAGGCUUUGCAAACACAGUUAAAAAUUUUCCUUUGCUUUUGUAAAAUAACAUUUAUCCUGGAAAAAUACUGCAAACUAUAAACUUUAAAUAUGAGACUGUAUGAUAACAGCUGUUUGGAAAAAAAAUGAUAUUUUUGUUUUAUUCUCAAUGCAGGAAUAUCUUUUCUCGCAUUGCUGUCUUUGCAAAGAUGUAAUGCUAUCUCAAAGUAUAAUGAAAUUUUGUAUAGCUUUCCUCACAAAAAAUGUAAAAUCUUGAUGUCUUGUUACUAGUCAUGAACUGUUGUACACUAAGUUUUGUAUGCAUAAUCAGUUCUUAAGCAGAAAUUAAGUUGUGAUCAAAAAAGAAACACACAUGGAAGUUAUUUGAAUUUCUCUCAAUGGGUUAUGCCCUCAGGCAACUCAAAUUUGACUCUUAUUAGUGACUUAAUGUUCUUAGUCAACAAAAAGACUACAGAGCAGAAGAUCACAGAUUCUAUCCAGGCUAUGGCUGGAAUCCAAUACUCAGGGAAAUGAAGAUCCUGGCUUUGCCCUGGGAGCAACUAUAACUUCACGUGUCUGGGAUGGCUAUGUAGAAAUGGUAGUCCAGUCUCCACAAGGAGAAGUAAAAACAUUGCCCUCAAAUAAUCAUUGCCUUCAUGCUAAAUACACUGAUAUUCAAGUAAAUUGCAUUUUUUUAUAUAUUAUUCAAAUAUUCUUAAAAUAUUUAUGUAAAUUCUUUCAGGAACAUCAAAUAUACCAGAGAUAGUAGAUGUAAUGUAGACCAAAUCAUUUCUGCUGGUAAAUGAUGAUGAAAAGAAAGAUAAAGUAAGUGUGGUUUGCAUUAAUUUUUUAUUUAUUUAUUUUUGUAAAUGCUUGGCUCUAGAGGCUUAUGUUUAAUUGGUAAUAACCUAUCUUCAAUAACCUAAUUCAGAACUAAUGGCUCAGUCAACUUUUGCAUGCUCAUGCCCCUGGGGAUGUACGUCAUAUUUUUUAGGAAUUUGCUCAUUUUUUGUUGGAAAAGCUGCAAAUGAGCCGCACUGGAGACAGAUCAUCCAAUGAUAUCAUGCUGAAGUAUUUGAAAGAGGCUUAUUUGGGAAAAAGGGUGCGACAGCAGUGAAAGGAUGUGUCUAAAUCGCCUACAGUCAAUAAAUGGCCUACAGUCAUAGUGUAGGAAAAGGAAACCAUCGUUGUGAACAUUUCAAUACUAGUUGUUACCUUUCUUGUUCCCUCCUCCCCCUAUCCUCAUGGCCCCUUGCCAUUCACCAACAAAUUGUUCUGUUAUGUCUGAACAAUGAAAAGAGAGGACUGUGAUAUAUUUUUUUAAAUUUAAACAGUCACUAGUACACUAAUUAAAAGUCGGGUUUUCAAAUUAUUACUAUUUGUAGGUUAAACUGUUGCCUCCAAGUGGUGUUUAAUAACUAUAAUCCUUUAACCUUGCAGACAAAUGAUGUUGAAAGCUGCUGUUAGUUAGGAGAUAUUAUCAGCACCUUUUAAAAGUAAUAAUGGGAGCAGGUAUGUGAACUGACAGUUAAGAUGAUCAUCUAAUUGUCAUUGAAAUGCCACCCUUAAUUUUGGCGCUGUCUCUCAUUUACUCUUAUUCACCCUUCCCAGUUGUGCACAUUUGUCUUGUUGUGUCAGGUUUUGUACAAUAGGAGUUCUAGUAGACUCACAAGACAUGAUGGUUGUGAAAAGGCUUGAGGCCUCCACAUUUGUGGUUUGUAAAUCAUGCUGUUGGUCGUCAGAUAUACAUAACGUUUUCAACCUUUUUUCUUGUCUACAGCAUGCACAAGUCAGUCAUGCAAAGUAUUCCCUGCGACUGGUCAAGCUGCAAAAGCAUCUAGAAAUGGGUAGGUCUUCUCUUUCACAGUAUUUAAUUUUUAUCAGGAUUGCAACUCUCUUAUGCAGUCACUCACAGUAAAUUGAGAACUGCAUUCACUUUUUUGUGAUUGAAAUUUCUUUUAAAAAGACCCCAUUAAUUUUUUAACCCUAUUAUUGUGGACAUAGCGUUAUAAAUAAAUAAUGAAGAACAUUUUGGUGAAUCUGCUGAUGUCAAUAUUCUUUCCAAAAGAUUUGAGAGCUGUUUGGCUCAAAAAUAUUUUUCCAAAAGUCGAUAUGGUAAUAAUUAUUGAAGGAGUGUAAUAAAUGAGUAUGGAUACAUGCAGCGAGACAGAAUUUGUUCAGUCACUUAACUGCACAAAAUAAGUUUACAUUUCAGCAUUGUGAUGGAAAGUUUAAUUUUUUGUCAGAAAAUUAAAAUAGUAUGCAAAUUCUUUAUUAUUUGCAAGUAAUUAAAAUUAAAUAAUACUAAUAUUUUAUGCUAAGGAUUUUUGUGCAUUAAGUGGAUGCUUCAUUUGUACUGUUGAUUGUAGGCUCUUAUAAACAUAGAUUCAGGAUAGUUCACCAUAAACAAAAACCAAAUGUCUGUCUGCUUAACUUCAAAAGAUAAAGUAUUAGAAGAGUGAGUUUUAAAUGUUUAAUCAUACACCUCAAUUAUCCAAAAUGAAUGGGUUAAUAUUCUAGUAUUGGUUCUUAAUUGUUUUGAACAUGAACCAUAUUGCAUAAAAAGUGUGCUUAGAAUAAGGAGAAAGUUUACACUCGCUUGAAUUUACAUUACGUGUCACUGAAACUAUGGCAAGUUUUUUCGAACCACUGUUUUUGUACUAAAAGUUACAUUUUACAGAAUAAUGGUUAUUAGCCUAGUUAUGCUUGGAGACAAGUGAUAUUUGCCACAAAGUACAGUCAAAAAAUCCUUGUUAAAAUUAAUAAUCACUCUGGUGACUUAUAUUAAAUGAUACCAUUGUAAAUAACAAUGGAAAUCACAGAGUGCACUAGUCACCAAGAUCAUGGCACCCAGUGACAUUGCAAGACUAAUUUACUGUUAUCCAACCAAACGAUAAUUCAGACAAAACCCAGUAAUAUUACUGGGUUUUGUCUGCUAUGCACCUUUGUCACUUACAGAACUUGUUUCCCCAGCAAACGUUUUAUUAGGUUUCAUUUUCUGAGAUUUGAUUUCCUGCUGUUUGGAUGUAGCUUUUUAACCUAAAUAAAGUAGAAUCUCUUGUAAAAACCGCGUAAAAUAUAUUCAACUGUUAAACAAGAAAAAAGGAUUAUCAACCUCAAGGUUAGUUUGUUUGUGCCUCAAUCAUGUCAUCCUAGACUCAAUACUAAAACACACACUUUUGAGGGGUGUUUUUUAUCUAGUUGGUCAGAGAGUCAGAGUGAAAAACAAAACCAACUGAUCCUCCUGUUUUAUCCAAUGGAUAUGCUCCUUAAUCUUGCAAAACCUAAUACAUGUCCAUUCAUGAUUUAUUUAUAACAUUCUGAAAUACAUGAUUGUUCUUCUUAUUCAUGUUGUUCCCUUAUUUAACACAAUGACAACUAAUGUCCAGAUAUUUUGUAAGUCAGAGAAACUUUUCAUGAUAACUUUAGACACUGGAUUUGCGAGACUUUGAUACAAACCAAGCUUCACAUAUAACUUAAAGGCCAAAACAUGAAUUCAUUAUCACAUGCUUAACAGAACCAAAUGCCUCUGCACAGCAAUUAACUUAUCUUUCUUGUUUAAAUACCUUUUUGUUUUCAGUUUAUGCUAAUUGACUUCUAACAAUAGCAACUAGAUGACUUAUUAAAUACUGAGGCUUAACUGGUAUUGUUAUGCUAAAAACUGUCAUUUAGUUAGGAAUAAUAUUACAGCCUAGCAUAGCUAAAAAAGAUGCAGAUGGAACAAAAAAAAAAGGUUUUGUCCAAGUCAUAAUUAAUUGUGCUACUCCACUUGAGUUUUCAACUAAAAGAGCUGAAAUAUCAGGCUGGCAUUAUUUUUAAAUAGGGCAUGGGUCAAUUACAAUGAAUAUCAUGAACUGGUUGAAGAAACAUUUCAGGUUUGACUUGUACUACAUACAAUAUUACUGUCUUCAGCCUUGGUUUUAUUUACAGCGGGUUGCAUAAGCUUUUUUUGUUUCUUGUUGCUAGAAAGUACACAAUAGAUGUACUGUUUUGGACGUAAAACUUUUUCCCUUUUUAUAUUUUAAUGUGCUUUGUACCACUGCUUACAUGUCUAUGUUCUUACUAAUUUAUUAAUAACUUUUGAUUUCACCUAGGUAUAGUAUUUCCCAUCACUAUUUCAGUUUUAGCUACAUACUUACCACUGAAUAGAUUUUUAAAGAAACAUAGCCAUCCAUAUAUCUGGUUGAUUUUUAUUUGAUUAUUUAUCUAUUUACAGAUCAGUUAACCAACCUCCUGAAAUCAACAGUAGUCAUAGCCCCAGGAAAAGAGAAAGUACAUCAAGUUUUUCAAAACACAAUAAAGUGUCAUCAUUGAAUGGCCAUGACAAUGGGAAGCAUCACUCCAGUGCAUCCCAAGCUAACAAAGAAAAGAUUUUUAUCAAGAAAGAUUCAGGAUUACAUAGUGCAACUCCAAGGCCAACUGAAGUUAGUGCUUCAGUAAUUACUGCAGGAAGCAGGUCAAAUAUUGGUAAUUCUCAGAGUAGACUUGGCGGUGGACUUGAAGCUAGUUUUGCAUCCCUUCGCCGCAGUUCAGCUACACCUGACUUGCUCAACAGCAGUAGUGUGUUUGAUGGAGAAGUCGUGUACAUCUCAUCAAAACCUAGCAGCAGUGUAGGAUCAUCUUCACCGCGCUUAAGACGACCUCCUACCAAAGAAUCACGCAGUGUCUCCAUUUGUGAAACAGAUGUAUGUAACAGAUCUGCUCAAUAUAGUCUUAACUGAUCAUGCUUGAAGUGUUACUUGUGUUUACUCUGCAUGAAGGCCUCUAGUGUCAGGUUUACCAUCAAAUCUUUUAUGAUUAGGUUGUAAAGUCCCUUGACACCUUCCCUGUUCCAUUAACACAAUUCAAAGCAGUCUUCAGGAAGGACCUAAAUGUUAAGCGCUGUUUGUGUUUCUUAGCUAAACUGCAGUUGUAUUUCCUUUUUUUUUUCAAUAGAACUUUUUACAGCUUAACCAGUAUAGACUUAUGGAUGAAAUUGGAAAGGUAAGUUGUAAAUAAUACCAUUGGAAUGCUUUUCAUGAAUAACACAUUAUUUACAACACCAAGGCUAAAACAAAUUUAUAUUUGUGGGGUACUUUUUGUUCCUUUUUAUCCAUGCCCGUGGCAUGCUAAAUAUUGCAUCUGGAAGCAAUGCUGACAUUCACAGCAUUGUGUCCUGUGGCAAGUAAAAUGUAAAUUUGCCAGCUUUGUUUAUCCUUCUUUGCUCUUCUUGAUCUCCUUUCAAUGUAUUAUCUUAGUAACUAAGUGACAGUGAGGUAUGUACUGUAAGUUACAGACCAAACCCAAAGCAUCUGGGUCGUCACCCAGCUGCCAGCACAGCCUUUCUUUUGCUGACCAUCGGUUUAUCAAUAAACAGAUGCUUGCACUCGAAAAUAAAAUAGUUUGACAACACAACAGAGAACAAGAUUCAGGCUGCAGAGUCUCCUUUUCUCCUCCUAACUCAAAAAACCUAAAGGAGGAGCGUGCUGACAGGCUGCAGGGUGCACAGUGGACCAUAAAACAACAACAAACAAUGGGUAAAGGAUCUGUAAUUUACCGAGAAAACAAUUUUAAUAAGAAGAUAUAUGGUUUAUGUCUGAGGUGAAUCAGGAAUAAGUUAAGGCCAGUGACAGUGUGCAUACAGUCACCUUUGGAAGAGCAAACUGGUUUAAAUUAUCAGGAAGUUUGAAAUAUCAGGGGUAAAACUACAGUGUUUGACUGGUGAAGAGAAGUAAGGUUUGAUUCAAGUUAUCAGGCUUUUCAAAAAAUUCAAGAGUUCAAAAAAUUCGUCUAUGGGGGAAAUGUGCAAUCAAGAAGUGAAAGAAUACAAAAUAAUAAAAGCAACAAAAUAAUAAAUUGUAUAAUGAUCACACUAUGGGAGGAACUUAUUAGUCUCGCUUGUGUAAGCAGCGAGACUCAUAAUCUGCAACACGUUUUCGUAUUUUUGUUAGUAUUUUAUACACAAAUAGGGGGUCAUUUUGCUAGGCGUUCCUAACAGAGACCGUGGAAACUGGGACUAAGAAUCAUUGCAUGAUCGAAGUCACACAUGUUUAGGAAAGAUUAACUUUAUAGCGUUUCUGAAACAUGUCGGUCCACAAAUUCUGUCUCUUCAAAGUGUUGAUUACUUUGGAAUAAGUGAACACUACUGAGUAGUUGAAAAAAAAUCUUAAUUAGCAAAACUGCGAUGGUCGGGCAUUGUAAACUUUCACUGUAUGCAAAUGAGUCUUGUAAGAAAGAAUGCUGUUUAUUUUCGGCGAUGAUUGAAAUGAGUUGCCAUGUAAAUCACUUUUUUGAUCUCUGGCAAGGAUGUAAUUUCUCUGGAAUUGAGACUCUUGAAUUUUCGUGUAUUUAUACACGCAUAUAGCCUUCGACUGUAGACAUAUGUCCAGUUGUCGCUAACACGUGUACUUAAUCAAUUCAGAAACAAGUAAAAAGUAUUGACAUCGAUAAAGUAACUAGUAAAAAACCUUUAGCGAGUAAAUCUUGUUUUGUAUAGAAUUAAUCGCCUCCUCAUUUCUCUAUCUAAUCUCCAAGCAAGCGAGACUGAAUGCCACUGUAAGUGCGUUCUUGUAAUUGAUAAAUGCCAUUUCAAUCCAGAAUGUACCAGAAGAAGAACCACUAAAUCGUUAUUUAUUUAUUUAUCUUUUUACCUAUUUAUUUAUUUAUUUAUUUAUUAGACUCAGAGUGAAAAUUUAUGUACAACAAUAUAUUUUGGUACCAGUGUAAGUUAAUUAAGCUCACACAUAGUUUUUGAUUUGUAUUUAGGGUUCAUAUGGAGUUGUCAGGCUUUGCUAUUCAGAUUUUGAUCAAGCAAAUUAUGUAAGUAUUGUUUAUAAACAGUAUGCCCAACAUUUUUGGGUUGUGCAUUAUUAAUAAGCAACUUGAAGUUGCCUAAAUAUUUUCUUCUGUGUAGUAGCCUUAACAAACUAGUGACAAGAAUAUUCCAACACUUAAAACAACAUCAACUUAUUCCUAUUAAUUCUGCAUCAUUCUCCUUAAGGGAUGAGAAUUAUCAGUCACUGUAAAGUUCAUAAGAGCCUGAAAAUGGCAGUAACCAUUAAAGCUCAUUUUUGCUCACAAUGGGCCUACACCUUCUGCUUUUUCCUUUUGCUUCCUUCUUUAAACUUGACUUAACCAGACUGUCACGGCUUGAUCUUGGUGGUAGCUAGGCAACUAGCCAAAUACUAGUACAUUUUCAGUUUUGCCUGAAUGGAUCGAAUUGUCUUGCCCACUCACCAUGAUGACUAGUACCAAAACACACAAGGCGAAGAUUUUUGUCUGCUUCAAAAUCUAGUAUUCACAGCUGAUGACAAACUGUUAAAAUGAUAAAGCUUUCUUAUUGAAAUUUUUCGCACUAAAUGUACGUACUUUGCUAUUUGGCCAUUACUCGGCCAAAGAGGUUUAAGAUUCCAGUGCUCCCAUCAUGCACUUUGAUCACAAAUAAAGCUGUCCAUCAUAUUGUUUUUGUUGCACAUGUUUAUGUUUGAAAUGGACAUCAGAGGCUUCUUUUCUUUGGAGAGAGGCAAGAAGAGUUUGAAAAGGAAAGGAGGUAAACUGCAAAGUCUGGCAGUGGAAAUUAUGCAUUAUUUUAGUAUUUGAAAGCCCCUUUUUAGCGGUUAGCUAAAAGAGCUCUCUUCCUAGUGGUUAUUACCAUUGCACUAGCCAUAAGACUUCUGUUAUAAAAACGUUAAGGUCGAGCACUGACUGUAUGUCACAUUUGUCAUCAGCAAAAGUGAGAAGUCUCAUUUUUUGGUGUCUUAUUUUGGGACUAACCAAGCAUCAACACUAUUUUGUCACGAAUUCUCUCAUCUGUUGUGUUUCACAGAACAUCAGACAGCUGCUGAAAUAAUUGUAAUCCCAAUAACUCCAUCUCUUCUUUCCACAUACUAAAUAAUAACAUUGUAUGGUUAUUUAACCUGUAAUUUGUCAUCAUGUAUUAAUUGAAAAAUGAUUAAUUUGUUUUGUUUUCAGGCAAUGAAAAUAAUAUCGAAGAAAAGAGUAAUGAGAAAAGCUGGAUUAAGUAAGUUUGUUUUUAUUAUGACAGGGUUGGGAAAAAAUUGAGUUUUUCCUUGCUUUUUUUCUAGUGUCUAUAUUCAAAUCACGUUCCCUCGCAGUUAGUUUUUCUUGGUUCCAUCAAUGAGUUGUUCAUAAGUCAUUCAGCCAGGCAAUCAUACUCAAGCUACUUACAUGUAUGAAAUGACUCCUGGGUUCAAACCUUUCACAUUAAGUCAUUUGUACGGUGCUGGUAACUGUUAAGAAUCCAUUCAAAGCAUUUGAUAAACCAGUUGAAAGAUUAUCAGUUUGCAAACUAGUAACAUCCAUUCAAAAGUUUGCAACAUUUUUUCAAACAGAUUUUAUAUAAUGUGUUUGUUAAUAUUAUUAGUAGCAUCCGUUCAAACAAAUGAAUAAUUUAUUGCAAUGUCUGCAUGUCCUUUCAUAAAGUUUAAGUGUGUAUUAAAAGCGCACAAGUCCUCAACACAUAAUUUGCUAACCUAGAGAAUGGUGUAAUAGUGCAGCUCAACGGACAAAACUUUAAAUUGUGGAAAAAGGAAUGUUUUGGGUGUCAUUUCAUUAGUGAAAAUUGAUCCCUGUGAACCAUUUCGUUAAUUACAGACAAUCUGGCUCCAAAAUUUUACUCUACAAAGUAACAUCACAGAUCUUUUUGGGCAAAGGACAUCUUGAUUUGGAGACAAUUCUAAAAACCAUGAGUUGUAGCUCUUCGUCAAGCCUUAAUUUUUGAAAAUUAAAAAAGAAGAUGCGUUUCUUGAAAAUAGUGCAUUUCCUCAAUAAUGCAGUUUCCACUGUAUACUUGUUCAUCAAUGGAUGACAACUGACUAACAAGACAUUAGUUCAACAGCUUUAAAAUCAUCUUGACCCCUACCAGUAUUUUUAUUUCAUUUUUUCAUUUUUUUGUAAGUAGAUCUUCAAGUAUUGCAAGUUUUGCAUGACCCUCUGGAAAAAUUAUUUCACAAGGACAACUCCUACCCUUAAGAAAUUCCUCCCCCCAUUGACCUUCCUUGGGGGGGGUAUGGAUAUUUUCUGGAACCUCAUAUUAUAAAUUUAUUAACAGGAACUUUGCCUUUAGCCCUGACUAAGUCUGUUUUAUUAAUUUUACUGGGAUGAUUGACUUUAGGGAGACCAGGUGACAAAGGCAAAAACCCAGGACUGGAAAGCUUACAGAGAGAAAUCGCAAUUCUCAAGAAGGUUGAUCAUCCCUAUGUUGUAAGACUUUACGAGGUAUGUUUACAUCUUUUUAUAUGCAAUGAUCCCACUUUGUUUGUGACCAUUGAAUAACUUCCUUAAGUGACCUUUUACCCCUCUGUUGCUCUUUUUUGUAAACAAAUUCAUGACAGACCAUGGUCAGAAGCUAUACUUAGCUUUUGGAUGAUUGAUUUCUUCCAUUUAUUUGUACUUGAUACCUUAUAUUUACAACCUUGGUAAUUUAAAUCAAUAAAAUCUGGGCCUACUGCCAUACUGACUACUGACUACUGAUGCAAUGGUGGGCCAGCUGAAGGGUGUGGCUGAUAUUUUUUAUUUGACGUACAGUGAAACCUCUAUUAAGCAGACCCUCAAUUAAACAGGCACUAAGCCAGGUGCCGAAAUUAAUGUCUUAUAUUUCCCUUUAUAACAAACCCCUAUUCAGCGGACACUAAAAUAAAUUGUACUUGACUAAUUUCUAUUGUUAAUAACCUCUAUUAAGCGGACACUGGACUGAAUUGACAAUAGCAGUAUUGAAUUAUACCCUUCAAAUACAUACUUUAGUCAGUUAAUAAAGAUAAAUCAAUACAUUUAGCUGUCAAGAAACUGUAGAUUAGCCCAAGAGUCUUGCACAAAGUACUGCACAGCUUCCUUAACACUGUGGAACUUUAUCACAGUACACAGUAACCCAUUGAAAGUUAAUCAUUAACAAACGUUGCACACUUUUCACAAACCUCUAUUAAGCGGACAGUUGGGAAGGUCCCAAAGGUGUCCGUUUAAUAGAGGUUUCACUGUAUUUAGUUUUAAGAGAAUUAGGGCAUUAUUCCUUUUUUCUCAGUAGUAAUAACUCAAUAAGAAGCCAGUGAUAGCUUAUAAUUUUGUGUGGUGUGUACAUAUCAAGUGUUUAAAAAAAUGUGAUACAGUUUGACUUAACACAUUCUAUUCCAUGUCUGCAGGUCUUAGACGACCCAUCUGAAGACAAUCUUUAUCUUGGUAAGACUUUAUAUUGCAGUGUGUAUAUUCAUCACAGUAAAAAGAACUCAGAAAAUAGAAAUUAGCUAGUAUAUUAUGUGUUAAUUAAAAAUCAACUGCUAUACAAAGGAAACACAGUAACUUGUAUAGCAGAAAUUAUCAAAUAGUUUUGUUCAGAAAUGUCUCAGUAGUAUUCCAUACAAAUAUAUAUAUUUAGUAUUUUGGACAUCAACUUCCCAUAUCAUUGCCUUGUGGAAGCUGGCAUUGUCUUCAUGAACUGACUGCACUAACCUUAUUUGUACCUAAUAUGGCUGAGACAUGUUUUCUUUACUUGUAGUGUUUGAGCUUAUGGAGAGAGGGUAUGUAUACCUCAUUAUCAUGGGCUGAAGUAGAAACUUAUUGUACUUAUCGCUUACACACAGAUGCUGGCCAGCUAGGAGUUCAUUGAUCAGGGGUCUUUGUUUUCUUGUUGCCCAAAGUAGAGCCUGGUCUCAGAAUACUUUGAUGUGUAAUAAGUUAGGUGGCUGAACACAGUUUUGCAGGCGGUCAGCGGUAACUCGCGUGACGGCGCGUGUUUUAAAUUAGACAAACAAACAUGGUGGCGAAAAAAGCAAUGGUACACAGACAAUGAUUUCUCAAAAUCUACUCAUUAAAAUUUUGUGAUAUUUGGCAGAAUUGUUACUUUUAUCGUAUUUUAAAUAAUGAGAACUUUAAAAUGGAAGUUGAAUAGACGAAUUUUGUGACACAUUUAAAAAUUACAGUACAAUUAUAAUAUUGAUUAUCGAAAAACCUGUCUGUUAAAAUUUGGUCAAAUAAGUUUCAAAUGGUAAUGAUUAAUUACAGUAAGCUGUGUGCAAGUUUAUAGGAAAAUCUAAUGAGCGAAUUUUAUGUAAACUGAGCAAAAGUGAAAUUUUAAGGUUGUAUUCAAUCGUUCAUGUUGCCAUGGAAACUACGAAAACGUCACAUUUUACCUGUCAAUCAAAAUCUUUCAUCAGUAUAUUUUUCACUUGCCAAGUUUCAGUUUGUGAGCUGCAACCUUUCUCUUGCCAUGAUUUGGCAAAUGACAUAUACUCACAAACUGCCAAAACUGUGUUCAGCCACCUUAAUCAACUAUCAACUAGUAGAAAAAAAGUACCAUAUAUAUGCUACCCACUUUACUGUACCAUUGUUCCUCCUAAUUAAAUGACCUUUUUUCUUUUUUUUUCCUAAUUCCACUUGACCUGUGAGUUAAUUUCCUUUCUUCUUCUUAUUUUUUAACCGGUAAGUCAGGUUAUGGAAGUGCCUGGAAAAUCAAGAGAUCAAUAUAAUCUACAAACACCAUGUCACCCACUUUACUGUACACUCCUGCAUUUUAAUUCAAUGAAAACCUCUUUCUUUCUUCUUCACAUGACGUAUGUUAAGUUGUCUGUUUUUUUUUUUUUGUUUAUUUCAUUUAAGUGAGGUUAUGGAAGUACCUGGUAAACCAUUGUCAGAGUCAAAUGCCAGAAAAUACUUCAUAGAUGUUGUAUUAGGAAUUGAAUAUUGUAAGUGAGAUUAUGUUUCUAAAGACCUUUUCUUACUGCAUGGCCCUAGUUGUUCAAAAGAUGGAUUAUGUUAUCUUGUUGAUAAUGCAAUAUUGGUUUCCCCAAUACUUAACCAGUGGAUAGUGAUCUAUCUGGUGAAGGGUGCCAUCCACCAAGAAACCAAAGCGUGGUGUACAUUCUUCAUUUUAAUUUCUUUUUUCCAACAUAUUUCCACCUUCAGAGGAAUUAGGCAUGGCAUCUGAGCAAAUGACUAAAACAGUGAAUCUGCACCUUCUGCACAAGAAUACACCACAGAUAAACUUUGAAAUUAAAAUUUCCAAACAAAUUUUUAAAAUACAGUGCCUUAUAAACUCUCAAUGUGACCCGGCCAUGCACUUAUAUUAUUUAGGAAUGUUUCGCAUAGACUGUUCACAGUCCCCUAUUAAUUUUUCCGUAAGAUUGUCAUGCAAGAUCGAGCGCCAUCUUGUGUGACUGUCAAAACUAUUUAGGGGGCGGGGCCAGUUUGGGAGGAAGUGAGAAAAGUAGAGGGACUGUAAUAACGUCACUGCAGCUCGCGUUCAGGAGGCGUGACAGGAAUUUCAUGCCUUUUACCAUUCAGUAAUUAAGAAACUCCGCUGGUAAUGAAAAUAUGCCUAUACGCAUUUAGCAUCGAUUUCGCAUGUUUACGAAUAUCUCCUUUUUAAACAGUGAUUUUAUACAUUCUGGGCGUUCCUCCAAAUAAAAUUGCCAAAUAAACAUGCACAAUGGAAACAUUUUCCUAAUUGAAGUGCUAAGCAUGCUCACUUCACCACAGUUUAAAAUGGUUAAACCUCCCAAUAAAAAGCCAGGCAGUUGUUCUGACAGGUCAUCUUUUUUGCAUCGGUGUACCGUUAAAUUUCAAUUCGUUUGGCAGAAACUGUUUUACAACAUUCCACUGGCUGGGCUGCUUCAAAAGCAUGUUGGCUUGCUUGAUUCAUCUGCAAAAUAUCAAAAAUCCUCCGUGUGUUUGCGCAAGAUGUGCCUUUUGGUAGUAUUAUGAAAGCGUAUGGAAAUGACGACUAAUGUCAUUGACUUAUCCGUGUCAGCAACCUAAACUAAACCCUUUUGAAUGCAAAUUAAACAUCUAUUGUCUAAUGACCAAUCAAACGCUUGCGUUGUUGGUACAACACCCUCCGUGAACGUGAGCCCCCUAGGUACAUUUGAAAAUCAAGAUGCCCGCUAUUAAUAGUAAGAUGCGCUGUAUCUCAACAAUCUCACUUAAAAAUAGGGGACUGUGAACAGUCUAUGUUUCGCAUCACCUUUAAUGGUCCAAGUCAAAAAUAUAACUUGAAGUCAGCCUUUGUUGUACGCUUUAUUUGGGCUGUUAAUUAUCAUGAAACAUCCUUUUAACAUAUUAAAAUAGAACACACUACUAGUACAGUAACAUACUUUUCAAUCAUUAACCAAUGGACAAUUUGUUUAUCCUACAGUACAUUAUCAAAAGAUAGUUCAUAGAGAUAUCAAGCCAUCUAACCUUCUCUUGGGUGAGGAUGGUCAUAUAAAGGUAAAAUGUCUAGCAUUUUGUCUCACUGAUUGUUCUUGUGGAGCUGUGUGAUUAUUUAGCUGUUUAAAUGCCACAGUAUCACAGCAGCAAAGUAAACAAAAACAGCUGAUUUUGAUUUUGGUUUUUUAGUAUGUAUGAAUAACAUAAGCUUAGAAAAUAAUAUAUCUAAAAAGCUUGUUUGCUGGUUUAAGAGACUAUCUCAUGUACGUGGAUAUUGUUGAAAGAUCCCUCUAGUCUUCACAAGUUAGGUGUCUAAUGUGUCUAGUAGUACAUGCAGUACAAGGAACACUGGUCUGCACAAGCAGUUCAGGUGUGAAUGAGUUAAAUAAAAACAGUAAUAUUAAUAGUAUGUUUUUGUAAUAACAGAUUGCUGACUUUGGUGUAGCUGACGUGUUUGAAGGUGAUGAUGCCUUGUUAAAUAAAACAGCAGGAUCUCCAGCAUUCAUGGCACCAGAAUCUUUACAAAGUAAGAACUCAUAACUCCUUACUUCAAAUGAUAUGACAAGAUUUUAAAUUCAAGAAUGAAAUCACAAAUUAAAUGUGCAUAGGAUGCUUGAAAAAUAUUGGCAGCAUUAUUAUACCAUAUUGUAUUUACUAAGAGAACUCAUUUGAUUACUUUUGAACUGAUGGUUUGGUCAUAAAAGCAAACAAACUAUUUUUUGUGUUCAUUAGUGAUAAGUCAAUAAGUUAUCAGUAAAAAUGAGUACUCAGUACUCGAUCUGUUCUGCAUGACAUGUAACUGCUGGCUCAAUGCAAAUGGGUAAUGUGACAAGGUUGUCAGAAAUUGUUUAAGUAGAUGGCUGAGUUGUCAAAGUCAGCGGCCAGUCCAGGGAUGAUGUUUUAUUUAAAAAAUGCCAUCUGUAAAGAAAUGCCAAGCAGGGUAGCCGGCCAAUACUAACCAAGUAGGUGGUGAUUUUCGCCAGCAGUCGGCUACUUUUGACGACCCUGUGUGAAGGAGCUGAUGGUGAGAUAAACGAAUACUGGCUACAUACGUGCAACACAUGCAUGAUAACGUUACCUGCAGAUUAGGAUUAGAGGCUCCUCUUGUCGCCCCCAAAAAUGAGUGAUAAAUUGUUUAUUAAUUUUCUGCAGAUUCACGGGACAAAUAUAGUGGAAAGGCUGCUGAUGUGUGGGCUUUAGGAAUCACUUUGUAUUGUUUUGUCUUUGGCAAGGUAACGUCAAACAAGUAUUAUGAGUGGUAGAUCAAUAGGCAUUUAUAACCUGCUCUUGUCAAUCCAUGCUGAUAUUGACAUCAUCAGUUAAGUUAUGGUUUGAAAUCAUUAAUACAUACAUACAUAAUAUUUUAUUAGCUCUUCAGAGUCAAUGUUAACGUUACAAUAAUAAUAAUAAUAAAAACCCACAGUUAGACACAGAAAGCUAAACACACAAAAAAUAUUUAACUAACUAAAGGAGAUGCCCAGAUGCAGUCACCUAGCUAAGUAAGUUGAUGCUUAAAACCUGCUUGUGAAUUACUGAACUUUAAUCAGCUUCAACAUUAAUCAGCUUGUGAAUUACUGAACGUGGGUGCAUGCAUCGGCCAUUUUGUAGUGGGUAGUCAGCAUUAAUGACUAAGAGUGAUUAUGAUUUAGAGAAAAUUGCCACAUGCAGCACCUUUUGACCAGUAACCCUUAAAAUACUCUGUGUAAUAGAUAGAGGGUACAGAGAAGGUGACUUGUAUUCUUAAAUAUACAUGAUCUUUUCCUCUCAGGUUCCAUUUGAUGAUGUUAACAGGAUGGGCCUUUAUGAAAAAAUCAGAACCCAAGAGUAAGGCAAUACUGAGUACUGAGUUGCCACUUGAUAAGCACUGUUAAAACACCUGAUUUCUCAAUAUAACCUGCAAUAAGAUCUAGAGUUGAUGUUCAUUUGUACACUGAGCACUAUAUGGAAUAAAAGUAGACAGCAGGCUCUGAUCUGAUCUCUUGAUCCUGAAACUCAGUCUCUCUGAUCUGUUCAUUCACAAUGUGAGACACACUUAUUCAACACCGCACUCUUUGUAGUGCCUUGUAAGUUGGAAGUUGUACUUUUUGAUUUCCUGCUCUUGAGGGCCAAACAGCAAUGUCUGGUAGUUCAGUACUAGUAGUUAUUUUUUGUGGGGCACGUAAUGACCAAUCAAAUGCAAUUUAAGCAUGCUUGCCAAAAUGGGCAAGGGUCCAGCAGGAAUGACAAGCUAAGAAGUCCCAGGCUAGGCCCGAAAAAUAAUCUGUUAGUAGAAUUCACGUUUUUUGAACCUUGAAAAACAAACUUUUGAUUUUAGGUAAUGGUGCAACAAAAAGUUGAAUAAGUGCCAUCAUUUUGAUUAACUUGGUUUAUUUUUUUGUUUUCCCAUGUGCUGUUUUCCAGAUUGACAUUUCCAGAUGAGUAAGUCUGAUUGUUGAUUUGUACAACUGAUAUUUUUCUUUCUAACAGAGGGUGAAGAUGUAUGCACAUUAUUAAUUGAAUGUAUUUCCCUAGUUAAAAGGCAGAGAAAACUAAAGAAAUGGUGCGACGAUCGAAUAUUAUCCCAUGAUGCACCUCGAUUCAUGUUAUAUCACUGUGUACGUGACACAUCAUUAUCAGUAAUCUUCAGCACGCGUGAAGAGAAGAUCGAUCGCAGUGCUUCGAUGUGGAUGGUUUCCAAACAUGUUUCGGUUCAGCAGCUUCUGCUUUUGAGAUUAUCGAGUUGGCUAAUGUUCACUGUGCUUUAAUGGAGAAUUUCAGCAUUACUUUGACUAAGAAGGGUUUUACAUGUAUUUGACUGAUCUGUCCAGAACUCCUUUGUGCGCUCGGUCGCACUGUAAACACAAAGUAUAAGACUCGGCAAUUGAUAAACUUCGCUAGGUUCACUAGCAGAACCCAGGCCAGAGGAGAACCAAAACUAUGACUGACCUAUAAAGUGGUUCCAACAAAACAGCCGCUACGCUGUGAAGCUAAUUAUCAAAGGAGAAUUUAUUACAGCAUCGCUCUCAAACGAGCUGAAGUUUACAACGGCAGUUACAAAUAAAAUUUAACCUAUCGAUGCGACAAACAAUUCUCUGAAGCACAAUCUACCCGCUACUGACUCAAGCAAUCAUCAAGGAAAUUUCCUAGCCAGAAUACUGAUCUGUUCUUUUGAAUAAACAAAGUUUCUGAUGUUUCUUUUUCAAAUUCUGAGCAGGCCUGUUUACGUUGUGCCGGCUUGCAUGCUGCGUGGUACCUUUCUUUAGGUUGUUUUCGCACUGAAGCACACCAUUAUGCAUCGCUCCUUCUUUGAAUUAAAAUAACUAUAGACAAAUUCCUUUUUAAAAUAACCUCUUUGAAAAUACAAAGUGAUUGCUUCGGCAUAAAUAUUAAAGCGCUCUCGAAAGCGCCCAACAGAUAUAUUUUAAUACACAUAUACUAUGACACAUGGCGUUGAAAUGUGAUAAAAGAUUCGAAAUUUAAGCCAUCUUUGGUCGACAAAAAAGUCUUCAAAAUGUGGGUACUUCUGGGUACUUCUUGGCCUGUACAAUAUUUAGGACUUCAUUUUUGCUGGCGUGACGUCCACAUUUCGAAGAUUUCAACAUAUAUUCCAAAAAAUCUUGAAUAUUCAUGACCUUGUUGUGGGUCACUGAACACUUUGUGAUGGGAAGACUACUUAAAACCGUGAAAAUAAAUGUUUCUGUGCGGAAACUUCGCUCUUAAGCCAUUGCAAAUCGGAGAAAUCAUGUCAAAUAACGAAAUAAUGUAAUUUUCUUACUUUUACUGGGAAUCGAGUGAGAAAAAAGCCGACGAGAAAACGACCUUAUUUCAAGAUGGAAUCUGCCAUGACUGCGAUAUUGCGUGAUGCUUCUGGAAAAAUGCAUCAUGGGAUACUAUUCGCUCGUCGUCUGGAAAUGGUGCUAAAAACUAGCUUUAUUGUGGCCAUGUUAAGGUGUUUUUCCAGUGAACAAAGGGCCAAUACCUAAGCAGCAUCAUUAAGAGGUUCGCCUUAAACCCUAUUCAAACCAAAGGUUAAACAUGAUUAAAAGCUGUUUAGUUAAACAUGGUUUAAAUUUGUUGCUUACUGUACGUUUAUCGGCGGCAAAUGUAGUGCAAGCGUGUACCAUGUAAAAGUUAAAUUAAAACUGUUCUUUUGCAGUGUACCUUUAAAUCCACAGUUAGAAGACCUUCUUUUAAGAAUGUUAAUAAAAGACCCCAUUGAAAGAAUUACUAUCAAGGGAAUCAAGGUUGGUAUGGUAGUCAAAAAAAAAGAAAUAACCAGGUGGCAAAGGGGUAUUCCUUUAUUCGUGAUGGGACCCAAAUUAUCAGCGUGAUGCGUGAUCAGGCCCAAAUUAGCCGCGUGAGGCGUGAUUGGGCCUAGCAGCGUAGCGUAUGUGUGAUUUACUAUUUUCACAACGCUUGAAAUUUCCAUGAUGGUUAAUAUCAUUUGAAACUAGAAGAAGAGACAUUAAAAAUAGAUAGUUAUGACAUCAACUUCUUCCCAUUCUUUCUCGUUCUGCGACCUCUGAUUUCCUCAGAUCAUUGUUAAUAGGAUACAUACUUUUUUCCGCGACUCAUGAUAGCUUAAAAAACAUUGGCAUGAUGCCUGAUAGGUACCCUCCUCCUGCCUCCUUUACCACCCUGCUAUAAAUCCAAUUUGUCUUGGAGUGUAUAAUAUAAACAGUAGGUGUUGUUAGGGUUAGAAUAUUGAAGAUAGAGAAAUCCCUCAUUAGAUAUCUUGAAAAAGUAUUAUUAAAAUGAAAGGGUACCAGUGCACACUGAGUUAACUUAAUAUUGAGUUUCUGAAUGAACAUGAAUGACUAUAGACAGGUGUAUGUACUGUAUUUAUGCUAUAGCACUAACCAAACCUUAACUUCUUCAUACCACAGUUCAGAUAUAUGAAAUUCGUAUACUGUAAAUCCUCUAUUAAGCAUCACCUCCAACUCUUAUUAAGAUUUUCCAGUUUGUAUCCUGGGUCUUUGUGAAAAAUUGAUACCAUCAAUGCAUGUUUGCUAAAUUUAAAUACCCCCCUGAAAUAAGUCCCCAUCUCUAUUAAGCUCCACCCCCUCAAAUGUGUUUGAAAUAAAUAAGCCCCCCAGGGAGCACUCACAAGAGGAGUUACAGUAUUCAUCAUUAAUUUUAUCUUCCUCUUUUCUGGGUAUGUUACGAACCAUUUUUAUGGCCAACACCAAUUUGGUUUACCAGCUCAAUUGGUUAGAGCACCACAGCAUUAUCGCACAAGUCAGGGUUUACAUCCCAGCAAGCCCAAUUUUUUUCAAGCUUUCUUUUCACAGCAACAUAUUUAAGUUGUACUGUUUAAAAAACAGGCAGGAGUGUGUUGAUUAUAAGCGCCGAGAGUUUUUAAACCUGAUUACACACGACUACAAGUUUUUUGUAUGUCAUGACUUCAAAAUCUCUGAUAUAGAUAAACUUAUUCUUGCACUAAUAUUUAGAUUUGGGGUUAUUAUUUGGUCUAAAACAUUUUUCUUUAUGAAUUAUUAAUGAGUUUUUGGCAUAAAUAAGCAUUAUUUAACUGUGUGUUAUAUAUAAGUCACUGCAGUCUGUCUGGUAGCUCAAGGUGUAUUGACUGUUGUCAUCUUUGUUAAAUGCAGGAACAUCACUGGGUUACACAGGGUGGUAAAUGUCCCUUACCAUCCACUGAAGAGAACUGUCCAGGCAUUGAAGUCACUGAUGAUGACAUUCAAAACAGUGUGAAGACUAUUCCGAAAAUCAAGACUUUGGUAAAAAUUAGUUUGUUAUCUUAAUUUUAUUCGCUUAUUUUAAUUUCAUUCUAUGGACAACAACAAAUAACAACUAAUGUUUUGUAACAACAGAAAGUUAGCGUUACAUUCACCAUCUUCCCAUUUUACCUGCUAGUGACUAAUCCAUACUUAUUUUCCAUUCCCUAAAGAUCUCCAAACUUGGGAUGAUAACAAGUAUAUAUUAAUUUACAUCUAAUUAACCUGAUUUAGAACAAACUGACCUAUAGGUUGAUAACAAAUAGUUUCAAAGCCUCUGUUUCAAAGUGAGGCUAAGUGCGAAGCUAUUGAAUAUGAAAAAGAUUUUUUAUUUUCAUGCAAAUUAAACCCAUUUACACAAGAAAGGUUUUGCACGUAGCCUCAAUUUGAAAGUGAGGGUUUUGGGAACUUAGAAAGGGCCUUUUGGCUUUAUCAUCAAAUUAACCUAAAUUGAGGAGUAAAAUAAUUAGUCUGUAACAUAUAAAAUCUAUAUAUUUGUUCUAUUUAUUAUUCUUUUAAGUAGUAUGCAUGUGUCUGGUUGGAUUAGGGGAAAUUAAUCUUUUCUCUGCUUCUCUUUAUUGUUUCUGCAGAUACUUGUCAAGAGCAUGCUCAAAUAUCAUACAUUUGGAAGUCAAACAAAGAUUGAACGAAUACGCUCCCAUUCACAGCCAAACAUUCAGCCAGAUGUAAAGCAGAGAAAAGGCACAAAAUUAUAAAUUUUGCACAGUGCCUACUUAACCUUUUUCUUUACAUAGUACAGCUGCUGUUGCUGCGAUUAAUUUAGAGAAAUGUGUAGCCAGGAAGAAGGUUCUCUGGCAAUCUGAUUAGCAACAAUAUGGUUUAUUUGCAGAGAUAAUGAAAACUAAUACAAAAAACAACUGGGGCCUGGCGAAAAGGGAGAAGGUAGAGGAAUUGGAGUUCAAGUCAUGUGAGGUAUGCGUAUAUACCCACACAAAAAAUUUUAAUAAGAAUGGUGGAUUCUAGCAAAUUGAAAUUUUGACAGUUUGACAUUCAAAAUCCAGGCUUGACAAAAGUGGCGGAGAGUUGUUGAAAUAUGCUGACAGGCUCUCUGUCCUUCUUUUUCCACUGCCACCCCCUCCCCAGAUUUUUUAUUGACCUUGUUUUCGUGACAUCCCCACCAUCGACUAUGGAGGCUAUGUUAACCCAACCAAACAAAUUAAGUCACAUCAGAGCAAUUUAUAUAGGGUAAAAUACAUCACAUCUUACAUUAGGCAAGUGUUGAAUGAGACAUCAUUCAUGCAAGCAAAUAGUGUGCAUCUUAGCUAAGGCUGUCAGGCAUGUGACAUUUAUCCUGGUUUAAAAAUGUUCUUAGCUUACUGUAGUGAAAGAAAUGUCCUUUUAACUAUGAUUGUUUUUACCCCUCACUUGAAUUUGUGCAUUUUUUAAAUUUUCGUCAAAAGAAUUAUCCAGAAACUGACACACACUUAAUUAACAAUAAUUGUUAAUUAAUUAAGGCUGUGUAUCUUAUGAAUAAUUAUGGAGAUAUAAAUAAAUUAAUAAAUAAAUAACAAUUUGCAGGUAGCACAUCCACAAAGUGGUUCUUCAUCUACCUGAUUCCUGGUUGAAUUGGGAAUUUGGAAAUGUUGGUUUUUGAGGAGAGGGGAAACCGGAGUACCCAGAGAGAAAACCCUCUCUCAGAGCAAGGGAGAGAACCAACAACAAACUUGACCCACAUAUGGCGUCGACACCAGGAUUUGAACCCAGGCCGCAUUGGUGGGAGGCGAGUGCUCUCACCACUGCGCCAUCCCUUGCUCCCCACAGGAGGAGAGAUCGAGGAGGGUGUUAUCGGCAGAGGCAGAUAACACCCUUCGAGAUCUCCAUAAUUCUUCACAAGUUAUGAAAGCCAAAUUCAAUGAUUGUUUUAUUAUUCAUUCAUUCAUUCAAAAUAAUUCCUAGUUUAAAAACAUAGCUAAAACAUGCUUACCACCAUCGAUGUUAAGUUCAUCUUUGAUAGUGCACGUUUAGGGUAGCAAAUAUCCUCCAAAUAGCAGAUGUCGCCCUCCAAGUUGUGUUCUUGCCAUGUUUUUAGCUGUUAUUUCUCCUAGUUCUUACUCUUGAAAUGAGUGAAAUGUGUCCCGUUUUUGUUUUCACAACCAAAACAACUCAACCUCGUCUCCAGGUCUUCUUGGUUCACAGUGCAUUAACCUGCUAAAAAGCUGCACUUUUGACGGCAUUGGUUCAUUAAUCACAAAAUUCUUCCAAAGUUGGUCAUCAGUAGCUGGUUAUGGUGAAUUAUGCGUGUGCUUUUAGCCAAUCAGAAUCGGGAAAAUAUUUUGAAUGAAUAAUAAAAUAUGUCUUAUGUCUCAAUUUGUGCCUUAGAUAUGGUACAUAUAUAUUCCAGAGUAGUUUAAGCAAGACAAAAUCUUUCCCUGUGAGUCUUGAAAAAACUAAUAGUCAAGAAAUCUUUUGUUAAAACACUAUGAAAGGGAUUGUACAUCCAAACAAUGUAUAAUAUUAUUAUAUUUUUACCUAGGCCUUCUUUUGGACCAUUAUUGACAGAAAAAUGCCCACUUUUUAAAAUUUUUAUGCAUUUCACGGCUCUUGUCUUUAGUUAAUAUGAGCCUUCAGAUAAUAUGACUGAGCCCACUGAUAGUGGUAUAAACCCUAGGCAGGCCUGCAUUUAUUAUUGUGACCCUGCAGGCCUGCUAUUAAUACUAGCUGGACACAAGUCAUUGUCAUUGUAAACAUUCUUGUCCUUGUUAUAUACCCUGGCAUAUCCAUGGCUCCAGAGGUUCUUCUCCCUAGGAUGAAGUGAACCAUGCUUUUAGCCCGCGAAAACAGCCUCACCCCUGGGAACGUUUCAUGAGGAGGAACAUCUGCAACUCAUUGACUGAAAUUCCAUACUGAUGGUGUACAAUCUUCUGGGAUCUGGGCGGAAGUGCUGAUAUAUUGGACGAAGGAGUAGCUCCAUUGUUUUAGCUAUUGUCUACGAAUGACAGACAAAAUGCCACAAAGGUCAAAUGUAAACGAGAUGAACCCUUAACAAAACAGUCUAUUUUUUGUGGAAUAUAUUUUUCUGUAGAAGAAGUAUUUGAGUUUUGCUGGAGCUGGAGCUUGUUCACAGAUGAACAUCAUACUUUACCAAAAUCGACCAGGAGAAAUGUGAAAUUGAACACAUUUGCAUUUGGAACCCCAUGACUACCGAAUUUAUUAUGUAAACAUUGAUUUACACCAUCAGUAUGGAAUUUCUGUCACUGAGUCACAGAUGUUCCUCCUCGCAAAACAUCCCCAGUGGGGAGGAGCGAGGAGAAACAGCUGUUUUCGCAGGCUACCAUGCUUUUGGGUUUAGCUUCAUCAGAAAUUACGAAGGAAAAAUAGGACCUCUGGCACCCAAGGUAUUGCUUAUUUGCUCAUAGGGAUAUUAUUCAAAACAAUUAUUACAAUAUUUUAUCAGUAAAUGUCAUGAGUGUAUUUACUCCACAAUGUUAAUGACAUUGCAUUAGGCUUGUAAGUACUGAUCUUACUGUGUUUUUUCAAUAACAUUCAAACUCUAAAGUCAAAAAUGUAACCAAAGGAUAAGUUCAUUGCUUCCAUCAAUCAUAGUUACUACUAAACCAAACAAAUAUAAUGGAUUAAGAGGUCGAUAAGGGUGACUGAUGAAAACGAAAAAUGUAUAAACAUUGGCAGGAGUUUGCAUGUUAUUGAAACGUGCUCAGCAGUAGGAAACAACAGAGAGUAGCAUUUAGAUAUAAAAAUGUAAAGUACAGAUAUAAGAGCUUUUGUUUAUUAUAUCAGGGAAUGUUAGUUGGCUUAUGUAAAAUUUUCCUGUAUCCUCAAGCCUUCCUGUAUAUUUUGCCUUUUAUCAGGAGAGAUUAUGUAUAAUAAGCAAACUUAGAAUUUGAAGAUUUUAGUAAAGUUUUGUUUUAUUUUAUUUUCUUAUAAUAAAAAGUCUUUUUUUAUGUAUAUCAUGUCUAAUGAUGACUCUCUGAAGGUAUCCAUGCCUCCCUGGCCUCUACCUUGAAAGUUCUCCUCCGAGCUAUCAAGAAUAUUAAAUUUCUUGAAUUUAAUUAUAUUGCUCUUGAUACCUCACAGUUUUCAAUUCCCCUGCUUAAUCAGAAAUUAAAUAAAUUUUGUGCUUCAAUGCCUGCUGUUAUUUAAUAUCUUAUCAACUAAUAUGGUUUGUUUUAAAGACCUUUUCUUGUUCAUCUUAGUUUUCAAUAGGGGUAUGGAUAUAUUAAAGGACUACACUGUCCAAUAGAAUAAAUUGCAUUAUGCAAUCUACCAUUAAUAUAGAAUGCAAAUAAUGCAAUUACUCAAUAUUUACUCAAAUUUAAUAAUUAUUUAUUUUUCAACCAAGACAAAUUAUAUUAUAAUUGAUUUUAAACU